UUUUAAAAUACAUUUAAUACACUACUAAAUUUAGUGUUUACUUAAAGCAUUUGAUCAGAAGAAAAAGAAAAAGUGAAAAAUGGGGUCAGCAACAUUCAUAGAUAUUCUUCUGGCUAUCCUGUUGCCUCCCCUUGGUGUUUUCCUCCGGUUUAACUGCGCGGCGGAGUUCUGGAUCUGUGUUUUGCUGACUCUCUUUGGAUGGCUACCUGGUAUCAUCUAUGCCAUUUGGGUCCUCACCCAGUGAUUUUUACAUCCUUCCCUGAGGUGGAUGUGUGAAGGCCGUUACUAAAUAUCUUCACUUCCUUAACGGUGUAUCUAGCUGCUGUUUUCUUUAUUCUUGGAUAUGUUUCUUCCGAGUUUACCCCCUCUAUAUUUAGUUGUUUUUGGUUAUUUUUCUCGUGUACUUUUCAAUAGAGAAAUUUGGAUAGAUUGCUGAUGAAGAUAUUUACCGUGUUAUAUGUCUUCAUUUGUAAGUCAUUUGGGAUUGUAAUGUAACUACCAUUCUGUAUUUUAUUGGAUAUACCAAUAAUUGCUAGUACUAUUAUACUAUGAUUUCUCCUUUUAAA